AUGGAUUCCUAUAUGCUUGUGUUGAUUUUGGCUAUGAUUUGGUUUUCAAUUGAUGCAUAUCCAUUUUACAAAACAUGGCCCAAAACUAUAGAUUAUAAUACGAUAACUGAUGCCGAUGAUGCUUAUAAUAGACUCCAUCAACUAUUGAAUGAACAACAAAAUCUAAAACAACAAUAUCCUAAAUUCAAUCGACUUUCAGAUUUGUUCUAUUUUCGAUAUGAACCUACCGAUAUGAAUGACUAUGACAAAUGGAAUAAUAAAUUAAAUGAUUAUUAUCAAUAUGAAUAUCCAACAGAAAAUGAUCGGGAUUAUAAUACAUUAACAUAA